AUGCUGUAUGACCGCAGCGGGACAAAGCUCUUCUUUUUGGUUGAGGUGGUUCUUUCAGCCAAGGACCCUUCCCCGAGCCCUCCCGCGUUCUCCACCAGCCAGACCCCAAGCUCGCUGUGCAUCCUCUCCCUGGGCGUGCUGCCUUCAUCCCAGCUUCUCUCCCCAGCGUGCAUUGAUGACGGGGCAGAGGUGACCAGGGCCGCGGGCAGUUCUGUCACCUUUCGCCUCCAGAGCCUGGAUGGACAAGCCGCAGCCUGGAGCUUUCACAACAAUGUCAUAGCAACCGUGAUAUUCGGCAAUCCUCCUGAAGUCAUCUUUUUUGAUGACAACUACAAGACACGCUUGGCCUUUACUGAGAAUGGCAGGGCGCUCACCAUCAUCCAGCUGAGGAUGGAUGAUGCUGGUACCUACACUGCAAAGAUCUCAGGGGGAAAAAACACCUUGUACCUACACACCCUACACAUGUACAGGGAGCUGGUGGUGCCAACGGUGACCUGCGUGACGCAGAACUGCUCAGCCGAUGGCUGCAGCUACACCCUGCACUGCACUGUCUCGGGCUCUGGCUCUGACUUCGGCAACGUCUCCUACGACUGGAGCACGGGGGACCAGACAUGGAGCAAGGGGCCCAUGGUGCUGCUAGAGGAGUUGCCCCAGGACAAGCUACUGCUGCUCACGUGCACGGUGCGAAACCCCAUCAGCAGCCGCAACAUCACAAUCAUCUCGCCUGCUGCCCUCUGUGCAGGUAACAGCCACGGCACCUACUCCAUCAGGCAGGCUGGAAUAGUGGCCAUAUCGGUGAUCGUAGUCGGAGUGCUUUUAGCAGUGGUUAUCUUCGUGAUCUACCGUAAAUGCAAAGGCCAGAGGAUCUUCUGUUUGCCUGCAGCUGAGGCUAUGAACACAGGGGCCAGAGCAGAGUACAUGACGGUGUACGCCCAAGUUGGCCCUUCCCAGCAGGAGCACCUGCAGAGUUUCUCGAAUGCACAGCAAGACAACACAAAGAUGUCACCAACCCCCAGUGUGGACACCUCCAAGACCAUCUAUUUCACCAUCCAGGGUGAGUUGGUGCUCAUGGAGAUGCAGACGGAUGAUGAGAAGAUGGACAACGGCAUGCCAGGGUGCCAGAAGUAGGAUGAGAAAAGCCUCUACUU